GGCACCCUGUCAGUAAAGCCCUUUGUGGAGCUCUUCGUCAAAGGCAUCCGAGUCCGUAUCUCUCGGGAGCAGUUCAAUCCAAGACUCUCGUGAAAUCCAAGUUCUCAGCCCUCCAUCCAAAUGUUGACAACCCAAAGGACGCCACGCUAGAGAUGUUGGACAUGAAGCUCACAGACUUGCUGAAGCCUUAUGGUGAGGAGGUUUCAGAUGUGGUUUCCUUGACAGCCGCAAAGUUGGUGGAGGGCAUGAGGAUCGCUUUGCAAGGUUUGAACCUUGCCUGCAAGAGACAGCAGAAUGCUUGGCGAGCCUCAUUGUCCAACGAUGCAUCCAUUCAAGAGCUUUUGAAGGCGGCCAAGGAUACCAUUGGGAACCUCGAUGCAGACGCGGUUGAGAAAAACAUCGAGUACUUGAAGGAGGCCCGAGAGAAAGCAGAACAGUUCCACAAGAAGAUGUCCAAGCAAGCUCCCUUUGCUGACUCAGCACGUUCUUUGGCACAGGAGAUGGAGACGACGCAGGGGGAGAUCAAAUCCGCUCAGUUGCUUCGCAUGGAAGCCAUUCUGCUUGUGGCAGCUGGCUGUGAACCAGUCAAGGAAAGGUUCUGGCGCGCCAACAGAACUUGCUUUUGUCACCCAAGCGCCUUCUGAUUAGUUCAGGUGAUGUACGCCCAACAUUGUACAAGAAGUCGCAAGAUCUCAUGGACUAAGCCUUAAGCCAGUCCUAUUGCCAUUUUGCCAUGCUCACAGCCCUGGAGUCUUGUUGGCUCAACUGCA